AUGCGUUAGUUAAUCCAUGCCAUAGCAGACCUUGCAAGAACGGUGGCGUAUGUAUUGGAAGAGGGCGGAGCUUCAGCUGUAAAUGCCGACCUGGAUAUAGCGGACGAAACUGUCAUGCAUUUAAUCCAUGCCAUAGCAGACCUUGCAAGAACGGUGGCGUAUGUAUUGGAAGAGGACGGAGCUUCAGCUGUAAAUGCCGACCUGGAUAUAGCGGACGACACUGUCAUGCAUUUAAUCCAUGCCAUAAGAGACCUUGCAAGAACGGUGGCGUAUGUAUUGGAAGAGGACGGAGCUUCAGCUGUAAAUGCCGACCUGGAUAUAGCGGACGACACUGUCAUGCAUUUAAUCCAUGCCAUACGAGACCUUGCAAGAACGGUGGCGUAUGUAUUGGAAGAGGGCGGAGCUUCAGCUGUAAAUGCCGACCUGGAUAUAGCGGACGACACUGUCAUGCAUUUAAUCCAUGCCAUAGCAGACCUUGCAAGAACGGUGGCGUAUGUAUUGGAAGAGGGCGGAGCUUCAGCUGUAAAUGCCGACCUGGAUAUAGCGGACGAAACUGUCAAGCAUUUAAUCCAUGCCAUAGCAGACCUUGCAAGAACGGUGGCGUAUGUAUUGGAAGAGGGCGGAGCUUCAGCUGUAAAUGCCGACCUGGAUAUAGCGGACGAAACUGUCAAGCAUUUAAUCCAUGCCAUAGCAGACCUUGCAAGAACGGUGGCGUAUGUAUUGGAAGAGGACGGAGCUUCAGCUGUAAAUGCCGACCUGGAUAUAGCGGACGAAACUGUCAUGCAUUUAAUCCAUGCCAUAGCAGACCUUGCAAGAACGGUGGCGUAUGUAUUGGAAGAGGACGGAGCUUCAGCUGUAAAUGCCGACCUGGAUAUAGCGGACGAAACUGUCAUGCAUUUAAUCCAUGCCAUAAGAGACCUUGCAAGAACGGUGGCGUAUGUAUUGGAAGAGGACGGAGCUUCAGCUGUAAAUGCCGACCUGGAUAUAGCGGACGAAACUGUCAUGCAUGUGAUUAAUCCAUGCCACAGGAGACCUUGUAAGAACGGUGGUGCAUGUAUCAGGAAAGGAACUGGCUUCCACUGCAAAUGCCGACCUGGUUAUACAGGACAAUACUGUCUUGCACUUAACCCAUGCUACAGGAACCCGUGUAAAAACGGUGGCGUAUGUAUCAGGAAGAGACAGGCCUUCAUCUGUAAAUGCCGACCUGGUUACUUUGGAAGAGACUGUAAUACAUUCAACCCAUGCCAUAGCAGACCUUGUAAGAACGGUGGCGUAUGUAUCAAGAACGGACAUAGAUUCACCUGUAAAUGCCGACCUGGUUAUACUGGACUACAUUGUAAUACAUUCAAUCCAUGCCAUAGGAGACCUUGUAAGAACGGCGGCGCAUGUAUCAGGAAAGGACAUAGUUUCACCUGUAAAUGCAGACCUGGUUACUCUGGAAGAUACUGUAGUACAUUUAAUCCAUGCCACAAGAGACCUUGUAAGAACGGCGGCGUAUGUAUCAGAAAAGGACAAAGCUUUGCAUGUAAAUGCCGUCCUGGUUAUGUUGGUCAAUAUUGUCGUACACCCUGCCAAACGGCCGUUGCUGAUAUUGUAUUCGUUCUGGAUGAAUCUGGAAGUAUUACACGUCCAAAUUUUAAGACCAUAAAAACAUUCGUAAAGAAUCUCGUCUCAGUUUUCCCAAUUUCUAGAAAGCAGGUUCGAAUUGGCGUCAUUACAUUUAGCACCCGAUUGAAAAACGAGUUUAAUCUGAAUAGAUAUUUCACUCACAGACAAUUGUAUCACGCUAUUGACAGAAUACAAUACAAUAGGGGAAGGACGAAUACUCAUUUAGCAUUGGAUUAUCUUAAGAAACACGCAUUUCAAUCCGAGGCUGGAGGUCGAAGGCAUAUCCCUCAAAUUGCUAUUGUCAUUACUGACGGAAAAUCAUCUAGACCAGAGCAGACACAACACACUGCUCGAAUUCUAAAAGACUCAGGGAUUCACAUUUAUGCCAUCGGUAUUGGAAAGCAAGUUCCUAGAUCUGAAUUGGUAACCAUUGCAAGUCAUCCAAGCAAGGAAUAUAUCUAUGGUAUAAAUACGUUUAGAGAUUUGUCAAAAAUCCAGGCAGGCCUAGCAAGCAAAACUUGCAUCGCAUCAGAGCCCUGCAAGAAGAAUCCUUGUCAAAACGGAGGAAAAUGUGUGAAUUUAUGGAAGGAUUUCAAGUGUAUUUGUGAUUCAGGCUUCCGAGGAAAACGUUGCGAAAUAGUUGAUCCUUGCAGUAGUUCUCCAUGUAAAAACAAUGGAACUUGUAUAAACGAAGGUUACGAGUUUAGAUGCCAAUGUCGAAGCGGCUUUCGAGGAGAUCUCUGUUCUAUAGUUGAUCCCUGCAGUAGUUCCCCCUGUAAAAACAAUGGAAUCUGUAAAAACAAUGGAUACGAGUUUAGUUGUCAGUGUCGAGACGGAUUCAGAGGCGAUGUCUGUAAUAUAGAACCACCUUGCUCGAGCAGUCCCUGUCAAAACGGAGGAACAUGCACUAAUGAAAAUGACGAUUUCAAUUGUCAAUGUCCACCUGUCUACAGAGGAAAAGACUGUUCCAUAGUUGAUCCCUGUCACAUCAGACCUUGUAAAAAUAAUGGCAGCUGUAUAAAUAAUGGAACAUCUUACACCUGUGAAUGUACUCCUUAUUUUAUUGGAAAAAGCUGCGAUAAAGCGAAACCAGACUGCUCUUGCAUGACGUUUGGCAAAAUGUUUUACCGGACAUUCGAUGACCAAAUGUUAAAGUUUAAUGGUUCUUGCAGUGAAACUUUGGUGAAAUCCUUGCCUGGAACCAACUAUACAGGCUUUAUAGUUAAAGUAAUAAAAACAAAGGAGUACUCUACUUCAGAGCCCACUGUCACUCGUAUAGUGGAAACGAAGUUAGAAAACACCACCAUUCGACUUUUGCCUUUCAAUACAAUAUUGAUAAAUUCUGAGGAAAGAUCAUUACCGUUAAUAACCAAAGACUUCACAGUUCGAUUAUCUGUUGGCUGGAUAUCACUAACCACAGACUGGGGAUUGACGGUAAUGUACGAUGGUGUACACCAAGCAUACAUCAAACUUCCAAUAUCAUUUGCUGAAAAAGUAGAAGGCAAUUGCGGAAACUGUAAUGGAAAGAAAGAUGAUUUGCCGUCAACACCAAAUGGUAUAAUUAAGGUUUACAGAAAAGGACUUCAAGUGCAGCCCAGAACUACCUGUAAGUCCGAAGCAUUGACUGUGGAAUGCAGUCAACCAUUGCAAUGUGAUACCAUCUUUAAAAAACCAGAGUUUCAAAAAUGUGUUCAAACUCUUGGUGAAGAAAAUGUUGCUAAAUUGCAAAAAUCUUGUCGAGCCAGUCUAUGUUCAGCGAAAAAUAAAGAAGACGAGGCAGAUAAACUUUGUGAAAUACUUGAAGCCUUUUCAAGCGUUUGCGGAAAAGCAAGCAUUGUUGUCAAAUGGAGAUCCGCAACAUUUUGCCCGAAAUUUUGUCCUAACAAUCAAGAAUACAAGAGCAAAGUCUUAAGAUGUCAGCCAUCUUGUAUUAAUAAGACCCCCAACUGUACGAGGUACACAGAAGGUUGUGUGUGUAAACCCGGAUUUUUUCUUAGUGGAGAAGAAUGUGUUUCGGCAUCAGAAUGUGGUUGUUUCAAAAACGGCAUUUAUAUGAAGCUCCACGAAGAAAUAUAUUCCGUUGAUUGUCUUACAAAAUCAAUAUGUCGCAAAGGUGGAAAAGUUGAGAUAAUAAAAACCGGUCCAUGCCAAGCAAACAGUGAAUGCAGGAUCAUACAUAGGAAACGUUCAUGCGUGUGUAACGAAGGAUAUUCUCUUUACAAAGGCAAUUGCGAUAAUCUAGGCUUUGGAAAAUUUAUCCGUGUCCAGCAAGCAUUACUUCAAAUAAGUCCCUUCUACAUUUACCUCGCUGCACACCCAAACAACUGCGCAAAGAAAUGUCAGCAAAUCAAGGAAUGCUUAGCAUUCAACUAUGACAAUAAAAAUGAUAUAUGUAGCCUGUUAUCUGAAGAUGCCUCUACAAACAACACUUUGAAAUCAGAAGAUUGUGAACACACAGACUACUAUCAAUUGAAGAAAAUUUCAGGUGCAAGGAAUGUAAUUAAAGGAGCGGCACUGAGCACCUGCGACGAAAAAAAAUUGGUUAACGACAAUUACUCAAAACCGGAAUGUGAGAAGACUUGUUUGGCCGUGAAGUGUAGUGCACUCGAUUAUUCAGCUACUAAAAAGCAAUGUCAUAUCUUCGAACAUGAUAUAAAGCAUCAUGGUUUGUAUGGAGACGAAGACACAGUAUACGUUGGUUUUUCUGAAUGACCUAUAUCCUAAAUUACGUCAAGUAAACCAUUAUAUGUAUAAGCACAAAUAAAGAGUCUAAAUAUCUAUUUAAAAAAA